AUGGUCAAUCGAUGGAACGAGGCUAUUGCUGUCGGGCUCCGGCACAACCAUGAUAUUUCCUUCAUUGCGACGCAGCGCAAGACAAUGGCCCUCAUCUAUUAUGUCACGAACUACGCGACCAAGGUGGAGGACCCGGUGUGGAAGCGUGUGGCGGCCGCGGCCGAGCUCCUGGCCGCCUCAACAGGUGAUGGCACGGCAAACGGAGGGCGGGACGGUGGCGGAGACGCUGCCACCGAUGACCCUGUCAAGGGGAACAGGACGCGACAGUUCCUGAUGAGAGUGGCGAACCGCGUGUUCACGGAGCGUCCGCUAUCACAGGUCGAGGUCGUCGCUCACCUUCUCGGAUAUCCGGCCGAGUUCACCGACAGCAGCGCGUGGGCGUACCUGAACUGUUCUCUGCUGUACUGGGAAGUCUUUCGGCGAUGGCGGCAUCUCCGAGAAGCCAGUGGCGCUGCGGCUACGGAUGACACCUUGGAUGAGUCGGUGCUCAGGCGGCCGGGCAAGCACGCUACCGUCUGCCUCGACGGCUACCUGAGCAAGGACUUCACCUACGAUGACGAGUCGUGCUACCGGAGGGCAGCCGUGCAGCAUCUUGCGCUGUUCGUGCCGUGGAGUCCUUCCUGGGCGAAGGAACAGCUGCUUCGACGAUCCGCCGAAGACGCAAAACGCGACGCCAAGCAAUGGGCAGCCUCGUCCGGCGAUGGCGACCCGACGGUCGCACACGUCGAGGAGGGUGGAGCAGGCGAGGCGGGCGCGGAGUCUGCAGCGACAUAUCAGCCCAACAGCAUCGGAGACGCAACGCGGCUCAUCGACGUCGUCCGAGGUGCAGUGGGAGCGAAUCAGGUGACGGCCAAGUCGCCGGAGCUCAUGGCAAUGAUACAGCAGCUCUGGCGGGUAUUUUCCGGGGCCGCACUACCGCCGCAGGAUCAGGUCAAGGCUAUCAAGUCGCAGCAGCGAUCGCCGCGCAGCGUUGCGAAGGGUGAUGACCGGUUUCGGGAGGACGAGGUCGAAAUGACGAUGGCCGACUCCGACGAGACCGCUAUCGACGCAGGGGCGGGAAUGGACGUUCAGUUUGGCCCAUCAACCUCCUUCCUCGCGGCGGGCAAGGUGUUGGCAACACGGCUGACGCUGAACAAGAGGCAGUCCAUCGCUUUUCUGAUAAUAUGCCGCCAGCUCGAUUUGAUGCAGCAGGCCGACGGGGCGAUGCCUGCCAGCUGCGCCAUAAAAGAGCCUUCGAAUCGUCUGCUGAUCACGGCGACGUCGGGGACUGCGGCGGCGCGGAUCAACGGCAUCACGAUCCACCCGCCUGCGGGUUCACUAAAGACCAAGGGGCGGGGCGCGAACAUGGUCAAAGACCUUGACGGGGUGCGGCUGCCGAAACAGGCGGAGCGGUUCAUCCACGGCCAGUCUCGAAUGGAUUGGCAGGAGAAGGAUGUGCUCGUCAUCGACGAGGUGAGCAUGCUCGGGGCGCGGACGCUGCACGCCGUGAACGAGCGGCUUCGCCGGCUUCGCGGAUCGCGGCAAGAUUUCGGGGGGAUCCCCAUCGUCCUCUUCUGCGGAGAUUUUCAGCAGUUCCGGCCGGUCCAAGAGAGGUCGAUCGUCCUGCCUAGCGCGGCCAUCUCGUGGGACGUAGACAACUCGUUCAAGGCCGAGCAGCGUCACCAGCACGACAAAGCGCACGCACUGUGGAAGAGGUUCACGACGGUCGUCAUGCUGGACGAGCAGAUGCGCGCCGCCGGCGACCCGGAGCUGCAGAGGCUGCUGAAGCGGAUCCGUCUAGGCGUGCAGGAUCGGACGGAUCUAAACCUCCUCAACUCAAGGAAUCGGUGGAACCUGAACAUGGAGGCGAGCCUGGCGUUCCGGGUCCAGCAGCGGUCGACGAUGCGCAUUUUCAUCUCCGAGCACAAGUGGAAGGAGGAGCUGCCGACGGAGGAAGAGGCGAUCAUGAUACUCAACCAGGGCGACGAUAGCGCGAUCCCGGUGCCGGCCGUCUUCAUGUUCGUGGCCGGGAUGCCCAUCGUCGUGAACCACAACACCCACCAGGGGCUGAAGCUAGUGAACGGCGCGAGCUACUCGGCGGUGGAGGUCAUUGUCGACAAGGCGUACCCGGGGCAUCGGAUCUCGGCCGAUAUGACGAUCCACUUCGGCCGCCGGCGGGAUCAUUCUCGAAUCGGAGACGACGAGAUAUCUCCACUUCGUCGGGAUGCCGCCGGGCACGAUCUUGUUGACACCCAUGACCGUUAA